AUGGACCAGAUACAUGACGAUAAAGAGAGUGCCACCAUUGUCAAUUCCUAUGAGUGUUACAAAAACAAUAAUGAUAUCUCUGACCAGCUACUAGAAAUACAGUCUCCCAAAAUUCAAGCCUAUUUUGAUACAAAUGAUUCGAACUAUUUAUAUCUUCGACUCAAUUCCUACAUAAAUCAAAAUUACUCCAAUUUCACUAAUUCUUCAUAUUAUCUAAAUAAAAAAAGAAAAAGAGAUAUAAAUAGUCGAUCUGGUAAUAACGUUGACAGUAAUGAUUAUUCAUUUGAUGAUGACGAUGAUGAUGAUACAAAUGAUAUUGAUAGUCGUAACUAUUCAGCCUUUUAUCUUGAUAACUAUGAUAACUAUUUAUCAUCAUCAAAUGAUUCUCUCAUUACUGACAUAAACUAUAACACAAAUAAAUAUACAACUUUACAUGUAACAAUAGAAUUCAUGUCUGGUGAAAUAUUAGAAAGAUAUCUAAGAUUUUGUAAUCUAUUAUCUUUAUCAGAUCAAAAUUAUUCUUAUUUAAUUUAUAAUAAUAACUCGAAUUCAAACUUUCAAAAAAAAAAAAAAAAUUACUUUAGUCCUAAUAAUGUGACCACUUCCAACCUCAAUUUAUAUAACCAAAUCACUGAAAACGACGAGGAUUAUGAUGAUCAAUAUAAUAAAAAUAUCAAAAAAUUUUUUCCUCCCUUUUAUGAAUCUCAAACUAUUACCCCCAAUUUCACUGCUUUAACUCACAAAAAUUUCACUUUUUCAAACGUUUGUCCUCUAAAUUCUUCUAAUCGUUUUGUAAUAAAUUAUUUAGAAGACUUGUCUUCUUUUAGCAAAAUUGGCUCAUAUUCAAUUAGGUUAUCAACUCUAAGUAACGAUAAAACCUCUAAAAUUUUGGGCUGUUCAAAAACAAUCGUUACCCCAGUUUUACCAACUUAUAUCACCCAUUCAAUUACAAUCAUUACAAUAAUCUUACUAUUAUUAAUUAUUUUUUUCAACUAUUUCACUCUCUUUCUAUCUCCAUAUCAAGAGUCUUCAAACCCUUUCUUACUACUACCUUCUACCAUUUGUAAUGAGUCUCUACUAAUCCAACUAGCUCCAAUGUUUUCAGAUUUAUUAAAUUAUUACCAAUUCAUCUACUUCAAUGGCGCCUUAAGCUUAGACUACCCAGGCUUUUAUCAACCUUUACUACUAUCUUUAAAUUGGUGUGUAUUAUCCUUUUAUAACUUUUUCACAAAUACCUAUACUAGCGAUUAUUAUAAAAAUGAUAACAUUUAUUUAAACUCUUCCAAUUUUAAUAUUCUAUUAAAUCCCUUUACUAUUAAUGAUCAAUGGAAAAAUUUCAUUCUCUUUCUAGUAGGCCUAAUUUUAGCUUUUUUUGCAAUUUAUCAAUUCUUAAUUCUAUUGCUAAGAUUAUUCAGAACAAAGAACAUUGAUGAUUACACUAUAAAACCUAAAAAAAGAUUUCUUUUUUUUAAAAAAACUCACAAAAAGACUCAAAGUAGAGAAUCUUUCAUGAAAAAACAUAAUAAAAGAUCUUCAAUAAACUCUCAGAAUACCACUCAAAGUGAACUAUUUACUCAAGAAUCUUUAUCAAAAUUUUGGUUCAAAAAUAUUUAUUUAGGUCUAGGUGUUGGCUUUAGAAUGUUUUUCAUUUAUUUUGCCUCUCCCUUUUUAAUACUUAGUUUAUACCAAUUCUAUAAUUAUAUUGAUGUUAAAUUAAAUUAUUAUGAUUUUCCCCGUCCCAGUCACCUAAAUCCUCCAAACUCUUUGGCUUUGAGUCUUGUUGGUUUCAUAAUGGUAAUUCUUUGGCUUUUCAUCAUUAUCUAUUUUAAUUCAAAAUAUAUUCUAUACAAAAAAAACUAUUAUCAAAGAAAAAUUUACUCUUCUUUAAGAAUUAUCUUAAUUUAUGGCUUAAUUUAUAAUUCAUAUAAGCCUAACAAAUUAUAUUUUGUUCCUUUUCAAUCCCUUUUAUAUUUUUCUAAAUCUUUGGUUAUCGCUGUUAUUCAAAAAUCUGGGUUGGCUCAAAUUGUACUAUUGGCUCUAUUGGAGAUCCUAGAUUUAUUUUCAAUCUUAAUCAUCCAACCAAAUUAUGCUAAAACUGGUAAAAACAAAAAUUCUAUUCUAAUGAGUAUUUUCAAAAUUGUUGUUCUUUGUUUUAAUGUGGCAUUUUUAAGUCAAUUAGAUAUUUCUGAAAGAAUCAAAUCUUAUAUUGCCUUCACUCAGUUAGUCUUGCAUGCUUUGUUAAUCUUAAUAACAUUUGCAAGAGCAAUUUUUUGUUUCGUCAAAGUAUUGAGCUCAAUGCGUAAACAGAGGAAAGGCAUAUUAUAUGUUGGAAAUGAUGAUCAAAAUAAAGAUAUCAAUUACACAAAUAGCGAUUCUUACAUAUCCAAUAGAAUAAGCAGAAGUAUUGAUAUUGAAGAAAAAGCAUUAAAUAAUACCUCUCAUCAGGGAAGUGUAUUGUUUAGAAAUAGCAGCUCCAUGCUAAAUGAAUUGUAUCCGACUUACAAUGGAGCAAAUAACUCAUCAUUUUUUAGAACCCCUCAUACUUCAACUUCAUUUUACCAUACCACAUCAACUCCAACCCCGUUGAUGGAAAAUACCAAUAGUUCUGGUAUUAACUCUAUUGUAAAUUUGGAUCCUUUGCUGCCUCAGAGUAAACAUACAUCUUAUGAUUUAUUAUUAGCCCCUAGUCAACGAAGAACAGAUAUUGAUUAUUCAGUUAGAGAGGCUGAUCUAUAUAAAUAUAAAGGAAGAGUAUUAGAUCCUGACCCAGAUGUUAAAAAAUUAUGGGAGUCUAGAGAUAAUAAUAAUAAUGAUAAAUUAACCAAUCCUCUUGACGUUAAGCCAGAAAGUUCUUCAAAAAAUAAAAAGAAAUACCAACCUAAGAUUUUUACAAAAAUGUUGAAUAGGUUGAAAAUUUCUUCAAAGAAAGAUCAGAUUUCCGCAACAGGGACAAGUGGUUUUCAGGUUAUGAGACCUCAUCAAUUAGUAGUUCAAAAAGAGGCUGGCAAUAAUAUAAAACGCGAAAAUCGGAAAAAGACACAUUCUGAAAAUACUGUGGUUACACCAAAAUCACCCACUACGUUUUUUAUGGACUAUAUUAAUUCUAACGCAAAUAAAUCAAAUGAUCAAUCAUUAAAAAUUCCCGAAACAAACAUGAUUCAAUCUCAUUCAAAAAAUAUAAGUAAAAGAACCAUCCUGGAAGAAGAGUUGACAGAAGUUAGCAGUAUUGAUCCUAAAAAGUACAAAGAAAAUAUUCAGUUGUCACCCAUGGCCAAAAGCAAUAGCACACCCAAUUGCAAUAGCUUGGAUAUUUUAAACAGCGAUAGAAUGGAACAUCAGAAAGCAAACAAAAAUAAUGAACCAUUACAUAAUGAUUAUUGUGAUGAUUUGUUUAAUUUUGAAAAUAAACAAUCUUACGAAGGUGAUGUAAAUCGUAAAGUUUAUCAAUUUAACAAUCCGAAUUUUUUAGAUAAUGCAACUACAACCGAAAAUCUUUCAAACAAAAAAUAA